AUGGCAAGCUCUUCUCAGAAUGUUCGGCUGGAGCCAUCAGCUUCGCCUACCACUACGAGACCAAGGUUGGGACACGCCAGAAUGCCUACAAACACUGCCCGUCUGCCACCACCGACAUUGUUCAAGGGCCCACCAUCCAAAAAUGCCUCGCACAUAUCACUCGCUCUGCCUGAUGAGAAUCAGAGGAAGGAGCUCGACACAGGCAGGAUCGGCGUUCCCAGGCCGUCCCGGAUACCACCAGCCAUGUCCUUUUCUGGCGCAUCGUUUCGCAACAAAUCGAUACAGGCAGAUGAGUUUCGAGCUGAGAGUCACUGGGCAGAGAUGCAGAAGACUUUGGCAGAUGUCGAACUAUCGGCCAUGAAUCCUUCUCAUGUUUUCGGUGCAGAGCACGCUAAGGCCCUGGAGGAUCUGCGGACCGCUCAAUUGUCUUUGGCACAGGCGUGGGCGAAGAGCGAGGCCGAUGAGAUUACUGAACACGAUGGUCUGGAUGCGGAAGUCGGUUCACCAGUGGGACUCCCGGAUGCCAAAAACAGCAAGCGCGGGAGUAGAGCAUCGAGUAUCAAUCAAGAUCGGUCACUCGAACAAGAGACUGAGCGAGAUCUCAGACUUGCUCGCAAACGACGUGAAGCGAAUGAUAAGUAUUUCCAGCAGGUCAAUCAAGGCGUUCUUGAGGUCGUCAAACGAUUGGAUGACGUGGCAAGCGCAAUGAGGCGUGUAGAAAGGGAGAGCAGAGACAUCUGGAACGACGACGACAGCAAUGUCAGUGCUCAAGAUAUGACAGGGACUGAUAGUGACGGCCGACUGCCGCAGACACCUACCGAUGCGAGCCCCAGUCUUAGCGCAGACAGUCCGCUCAGCCAGAGGGUACGGACUUGA